UUUCUACAGGGGCCUCCCAAAUUAGCCUUAUAUCCCUAUAUAGUACACAACUUUGGACUAGAGGGACAUUUGGUGUCCACCCCACAGUGGGGUGCGGGGCCUACUUUGAAGAAACACUAAGUCUCUCUCAAAUCCCAAUCAGCCAUUGUUUUCCUAAGCAGACUAUGUAUUGUCGGGCGUAGUGUGACACGGCAGGGCCUAGGCUUCAUACAGCGCUCUUCAUACAGCGCUCUUAAAAUCCACAGUGCGCGUUGGGGUCUAGCAUGCUUUCUGCACACCACCAGGAUGGCGGUUAUCACGGCUUUACUAAGUGGGAUAAUUGUGUCAUUGAACCGUACAAACCCAAACCGAUGAGUACAAGCAAUUUAGGACCAUGGGCACCACCAGCUUCAGCUUCACUGCGGAUGUAUUUCUGCCCCAGGAACAGCGCAGCGCACAUUCAGCGCCCCUAAUGAAACCGCUGAUGCUCGCUGCCUGCCUGCGUGAUUAGUGUGGUUGGUGAGCGUGGUUUAACACGGAAUUCUUCCAUCCGCAUUGGUCCGGUGCAUUGCUGUGUUUCCACUGCCAGACCUGGAACAGGGUGAGCUCUAAGACCAAGCGGUAGGCUGCUCCAAUAAUGUGGGCAACAUCUGUCCGCUACACUCCAUGAAUCGCGCUCGGCUUCCAGUCGGCUUGUACAGCGCCAGACGGCGAUGUGACACGGCGCUGCUAGAGCGAGGAGAGAGAGAGUAGCCCUCCUCAGCACUACAACAGCACCACGCUGGGGUUGACGGCGGGAAGCUGAAGGGAAGCGGGGAAGCGACGAGAAAUUAUCCCCCCGCUAUUUUCUGUUCCAAAUAAACAGGCAUAUGUGCCAUGAGUAAAAGUGGAUUUGCACGUGCAGACCGCGGGAAAUAAGACGGCGUGUUGCUGCAACAUGAAGACACCCAUGCGUCAUGGGUUAGCUGUGUUUCUCGUCGUAACUCUGUGUGCCAGCCUGCUCCUCGUCUACAACGCCGGUUUCCACGGCAGCUCCGGGGCCGCAGCGGUGGGGGGGUCCAGAGACGGGAGCGAUGCAGCGGGGAGGAGCAGGCAGACGACCAAGGCACCGGUAGACGGGCAGAAAUCCUCUCCUCCCCACCCCCCUGUCCUACAGGGCUAUAGCGGCAUCAUUGACCACAAGCCUCUGAAGAUGCACUGUCGUAGCUGUUCAUUGGUCACCAGCUCUGGUCACCUGACGGGCAGCGGUCGUGGUGAGGAGAUCGACCGAGCGGAGUGUGUCAUCCGUAUGAAUGAUGCGCCAACGUCACACGGUUACGGACUAGAUGUUGGGCGCCGCACCUCCCUGCGUGUCAUCGCUCACUCCAGCAUGCAGAGAGUCCUGCGGAGUCGCCAUGAACUGCUGAACGCUUCUCAGGACACUGUGUUUAUAUUCUGGGGCCCUAGUAGUUACAUGCGUAGGGACGGGAAGGGGCUCGUCUACAACAACCUGAGGCUGAUGAACCAGGUGCUGCCCAAACUAAAGGUCUACAUCAUCUCCUGGCAGAAGAUGCUGCAGUUUGACGAACUCUUCAAGAGAGAAACGGGGAAGGACAGGCGUAUCUCUAACUCGUGGUUGAGUACUGGUUGGUUCACUAUGACUAUAGCAUUGGAGCUGUGUGACCGGAUUAAUGUCUAUGGCAUGGUGUCUCCAGACCACUGCAGGGACCCCCAGCACCUGUCAGUUCCAUACCAUUACUACGAGCCCCGCGGGCCGGAUGAGUGUGCCAUGUACAUCAGCCACGAACGAGGCCGUAGGGGCAGCCAUCACCGCUUCAUCACCGAGAAGAGGGUCUUCGCUGGCUGGGCCCAGACCUUCGACAUCCACUUCUACCAGCCGAGCUGGGAGCCUCCUCGCCGGUCACCUAGCAACCAAACCCUGGGGGAGCCUGGGGAGAAGGUCCUGGUGGCGCCUCCUGGUGGGCCGAGACAGAAUACGUGACUGGAGACGAGGAGUGUUGACAGUGACAGCGAGGGUUGGUCAUCUAUGAGAGAGAUGCUGUUCACAAGGACGGGGCUGGAGAUGUUCAGAUGGACGAUGCUGGAGAUGUUCAUAUGGGCAGGGCUGGAGAUGUUCAGAUGGACAGGGCUGGUGAUGUUCAGAUGGACGAUGCUGGGGAUGUUCAGAUGGACGGGGCUGGAGAUGUUCAGAUGGACGGGGCUGGAGAUGUUCAGAUGGACGGGGCUGGAGAUGUUCAGAUGGACAAUGCUGGAGAUGUUCAGAUGGACGGGGCUGGAGAUGUUCAGAUGGACGCUGCUGUAGAAGUUCACAUGGACGAUGCUAGAGAUGUUCAGAUGGACAGGGCUGGAGAUGUUCAGAUGGACGAUGCUGAAGAAGUUCACAUGGACGAGGCUGGAGAACGGACGGUCCACAGCCUUCUGCCUCAACUGAGUGCUCCAUAUGGUUGGACACAGACUGCAUGUGGUCCUUUAAUUAGCCUGGCCGUUCUCCUCCAGCUCACUAUCAUGGACCACUGGAAAGGCCCUAGACAGUUGGUUUGUCCAUCCAUUUCCAAAGGGAAAUUUGAUAAUGUUAAUUUUAUCAUUUUUUGGUGCUAAGAACUUUUAUGCACAGCACGAAAUGAAAACUUGUGGUGUAUUUGAGGUUAAAUGAGUUGUGAAGUUUGUAAUAUCCACUUGGAAAAUUGUCAAUGAAUUGUCAAUAUUUCUCAGUUCCUUUUGCUGCAGGAUUAUUUUGCUGUGCUAGCAAACUGGCUCAAAUUAUGAUACAACAUCUGUUAUGGACAGCUGGACUGGACCUGGUUCUCCUUGACCAGUCAGAGCAGACAACUGGAUGGACUAGAAUGUUGAUUGGUUCUCAAAGUGAGAAAUUCUUGAUAAACUGUUUUGUUGAUACCUUUUCUAAAACUGUACUAAGUGUUCACGUGAAUCUAAAUUAUAUUUAGAUUUCUUCCGGACUGAAACUUGAGUGCAUCAUUGUGUUUCCAGUGUUUUACUAAUGAAAGACAGUGUUGCCAGGCUUUGUUCCACUAAUGAAAAACACAGUAUGUUUCCUAGCUAUAUUCCACUAAUGAAAGACUCCAAAUGUUACCAGGCUGUUUCAUUAAGGAAAGACUCAAUACUGAGAGAGGUGCAGAUCAAUUUAAUAUAAUUAAUAAAUAAUACUAUGCCAUUUACACUUUAUCCAAAGCAACAUAGUCAUGAGUAUAUGUGCAUGGGUGUCCAGCAGGAAGCUGAGUGACAACCCCUAGAGAGCUCAUUCCAGGCUCUACCAUGUUCAUCAGAGUGACAACCCCUAGAUAGCUCAUUCCAGACUCCACCAUGUUCACCAGAGUGACAACCCCUAGAGAGCUCAUUCCAGACUCCACCAUGUUCACCAGAGUGACAACCCCUAGAGAGCUCAUUCCAGGCUCUACCAUGUUCACAAGAGUGACAACCCUCAGAGCUAAUUCCAGGCUCUACCAUGUUUACCAGAGUGACAACCCCUAGAGAGCUUAUUCCAGACUUUACCUCAUUCACCAGAGUGACAACCCCUCGAGUGCUAAUUCCAGACUCUACCAUGUUCACCAGAGUGACAACCCCUAGAGUGCUAAUUCCAGGCUCUACCAUGUUCACCAGAGUGACAACCCUCAGAGAGCUAAUUCCAGGAUCUACCAUGUUCACCAGAGUGACAAAAUUCACAAACUGAGUAUUUACAAUUACAGGGAUUAAACACGGUUUAAAAUAUUAUAAUAUUGGACGUUAUUCCCCUCAGCCAAAGUCACCCACUGCAGCUUGGACUAGUGGGAUGAAACCCAGCCCUGGGGGUUAUUGUUGGGUUUUAUGCGAUGAGAGGUGAUCUAAGCCUACAGGAAAGAUUUGAUUCAUUAUGUCCUGAAUGAUAAUUCUCAGUUCACUAGUCACACACUUGAAUCCUGUUUAUUUGUGGGGACAACAUGUGUCCUUAGUCCUGAUCUAUUCUACAUGCUGUGGGUGUCCUGAUGUUUAAACACCAUGAUGGAAAGAAAGGAUAUUAGGAAAUGGCAAGUCAGAUUAGAUGCUUACCUGCCUGGGUCAAAAAUGUGUACCAUGCCAUGUUUGAAACUAUAAAGUUUCCUUAGCUAGUAAUUUCAGACACUAGCAUAAUAAACAGUUUGAAAGUACUAGCCACUAGGGGUGUAACGGUACACAGAAGUCACGGUUUGGUACGUACCAAGGUUUUUACGGUUUGGUACAACUUCGGUACAGUGGGGAAAAAAACAAAAUUUAUUUUAAUUUAUUACAAAAUUAUAACUUUGCCCAUUGCCACUGUAGUUAAAGCAUGCACUAGGUAAGAUUUUUCCAGUGAAAAAACAAUUACAGCAUUUUGCAAUUACUCACCGGUCAGAAAGCGGUUCUGCACCAAUGGCGGAUAGAGAAUGAGAAAAAAUUUGCUCAGAGCUCAGAGUUUGACAAUAUUAUUGCUAACGUUAGCUUAGGGUUCCUGGUUGCUAGCUAUAUUGAGAGCUAGUCUAACUGGGGAUGUCCCUCUGCUUUUUGUCCCUUCGCUUGAUUUGCUCAUUGCUAGCCGCUUGUGGGCAUGUACCUGUUGUUGUGUUUAUUAAUGCCAAGAGUACAUGUUUACUAGCUUCUGUAGCUAGCUAGCUAGCACAGCUACAUAGUAGUGGUAUGAUGUCAAUUCAGAACAGGCAGAAUACCCAAUAAUUAGGAUAAGGGAAAUUGGAAUUGCUCUAUAGGAGGUAUAGCAGCUGCUCUAGAUACUACUAGUGUCGUAGGAGCUGGCUAUGUGAUGACGAUGUAGCUUUAUAAUAUCAAAUGAAAUGUCUUCCUGCUUAUUAGUAGUAUUCCCAAACCACUGAUACGAAUGUCCAUUUUGCUAUAGGAAAGAUUGUGCGGUAGGAACUGCUGUAAAUGUAACUAGCGGAAAAGUGUACCAGACAUACCUUUUCUGAUUGGCUGUUGCCCACAGCCAGCAAGCAAAGUUACAUGUUCUAGGUUACUUUGGUUGCUAAGUUACAGCCCCAAGAUCCGUCUCCGGGGGAUACUCUGAGUUUAGAAUGUUAGUUCCGCACACAAAAAGUUAAUGUGUGUAGUUAAAACCAGACUAUAUUCAUUUGGAUCCCUUCAUACCAAACAGAACGUCCUACACCGAACGGUACGGAUCUGUGUACAGUCACACUCCAACUAGCAAGGUCUUGGGCCUAAUCCUAACCCUUGGACGGGUUCAGAUGAUUGAGUGUAAACAGACAAGAUCAAUGAUGUGCAGUAAAGAUGUAGUAAGUGGGUAGUAACUGGGUCUUAACUGCACCUCUUGGACCUGUAACUUAGCAACUGAAGUAGCCUACCCGGUUACUACCCAUUUAAAUUAACAAAGGUGCUAUUCACAACUGUAUUAACUGAUCUCCUGGUGCCUAGUGAGAGACCAUCGUCCGACACCAGGGUUGAAUUUUAUUUUAUUAAACUUAAAACACAGGCAAGAGGUGACAGUGUGAGAGAUAUACUGUUACUAUCAUGUUACUACAGUUAAUACCCUGUUACUACCAGGUGAUAUCCUGUUACUAUCAUGUUAAUACACUUAAUAUCCUGUUACUACCAGGUGAAAUCCUGUUACUAUCAGGUGCUGCCAUGUCACUACCACGGUACUACCAUGUUACUAUUACUCCUAAGUGUUUACUCUGUUACUCCCCACAAGCUGUCCAGUUACCAAACAGUUACUACCACGUUAAUACCCUGUUACUAUCUGGCUACCUUAUUGUAACUUUGGUGACUUAUGCAUUAAAACCGCUGUUUCAAUCAAUCAA